UAAUAUUUCCUCUCUACUCGAUUUUGCGAUUUUGAUUGCGAUUUUGGGAGCGAUGGAGCUACGUCCCCGCAAUAAAGCGAUUCUUUCGUCUAACGAAGUUGCGAAUCUUGAGGAGGAAGAUGAUUUCAACCCUGAUGAAGAAGAACGUUCUUCAGAUUCCGAUUCAACCGGCUCAGAAUUUCAAGGUGAUGAGGAGGAGCAGGAGGUCAAUACUGAUGAUGAUAUACCUGUUCCUGUACCUGCACCUGCCCCUGUGCCAAGCCCGCCAAGAGCAGGCACUAAAAGGAAAAAAAAAGAGAAAGUUCUGCUAUUGUGGAAGAUCUGGGAAGGAGAGGAUCAGAAAUGGAUUGAUGAACAUUUUACGGAGGAUGUUGAUAUGGAUCAGCAGAAUUCUGUGAUUGCUGAAACUGUCGAGCCGCCCUCAGAUUUGGUUAUGCCACUAUUGAGGUACCAAAAGGAAUUUUUAGCUUGGGCUUUAAAGCAGGAACAAUCAGUUGCGGGAGGCAUUCUCGCAGAUGAGAUGGGGAUGGGAAAAACCAUACAAGCCAUCUCUCUUGUUCUUGCCAGACGUGAAGCUGACAGGGCCCGAUUUGGACAAGCAGUUGGGUGCACCCUUGUACUCUGUCCUCUUGUUGCUGUUUCUCAAUGGGUGAAUGAGAUUGCUCGGUUUACAUCUCCCGGAAGCACCAAGGUCCUUGUAUACCACGGGGCGAAGAGAGAGAAGAAUGUUAAAGAACUCAUGAAAUACGACUUUGUGUUGACUACAUAUUCUACGGUUGAGAGUGAAUUUAGGAGAGGCAUGAUGUCGCCCAAGCAGCAGUGUGAACAUUGCAGCAAGUCAUUUUAUCCGGAUAGGCUUAAGAUCCACAACAAAUAUUUUUGUGGGCCUUUGGCUGUGAAAACAAAUAAACAAUCUAAGCAGAAAAAGAAGAAUUCUACAGCUACAUCGUCCAAGCAAGGCAUGGAAACAGAUGCAGGAGAGGAUAGCAAGAUGAAGCGAUCUAGGAAGAAGACUAGACAAACAUUAGAAGCGGAUAAUUCUGGCUCAGUGGAUAUAAAAGAGAAGUCUCUUUUGCACUCUAUUAAGUGGAAUCGAGUCAUAUUGGAUGAGGCUCAUUACAUCAAAGAAAGACGUAGCAACACUGCGAAAGCUGUUUUUGCUUUGAAGGCUACCUACAGAUGGGCUCUGAGCGGUACCCCUCUCCAGAAUCGUGUUGGAGAGCUUUACUCUCUGAUUCGCUUCCUGCAAAUUUGUCCAUACUCAUAUUACUUUUGCAAGGACUGUGACUGUAAAAUUCUUGAUUACACUGCGCAUGCAAGCUGUCACAGCUGUCCUCAUAAUGCAGUGCGACAUUUCUGCUGGUGGAACAAGUAUUUGGCCAAACCAAUAGCAUCACAUGGAGGCGACUUUGUGGGAAAGAGAGCCAUGAUAUUGCUUAAACACAAAGUUCUGAAGGACAUCCUUCUAAGACGUACUAAAUUGGGCCGGGCAGCUGAUCUUGCCCUUCCUCCCAGAAUCAUCUCUUUGAGGCGGGAUGCACUAGAUAUAAAAGAGUUUGAUUACUACGAAUCACUAUACAAAAACAGUCAAGCGGAAUUUAAUACGUAUAUUCAGUCUGGGACAUUGAUGAAUAACUAUGCACAUAUAUUUGAUCUUCUCACCCGUCUAAGACAGGCUGUUGAUCAUCCAUACCUUGUGGUGUAUUCUAAUUCUAGUGGUGCUAAUGCUAACAUGAAUGAUGAGAACAAAAAUGAGCACGAAUGUGGUCUCUGCCACGACCCGGCUGAGGACUACGUUGUGACAUCUUGCGCACAUGUGUUCUGUAAAGCUUGUUUGAUUGAUUUCUCUACAUCCCUGGGAAAAGUAACCUGUCCGACAUGCUCGGAAUUACUGACUGUGGAUUUGACUACCAAAGCUGGUACAGAGCAUCAGGCAAGCAAGACAACGCUUAAAGGAUUUAGAGCCUCGAGCAUUUUAAAUCGGAUAAAGCUAGAUGAUUUUCAGACAAGUACAAAGAUAGAGGCAUUGAGGGAAGAAAUCAGGCUUAUGGUUGAAAGAGAUGGGUCUGCCAAAGCAAUAGUUUUCAGCCAGUUCACAUCAUUCUUGGACCUGAUAAAUUACACCCUCGGGAAGUGUGGGGUUGGUUGCGCUCAAUUGGUGGGAAGCAUGUCUAUGGCAGCUAGAGAUGUUGCCAUCAAUAAAUUCAAAGAAGAUCCAGAUUGCAAAGUUUUCUUAAUGAGUUUGAAAGCUGGCGGGGUUGCUCUCAACUUAACAGUCGCAUCACAUGUGUUCAUGAUGGACCCGUGGUGGAACCCAGCGGUUGAGAGGCAAGCACAGGACAGAAUACAUAGGAUAGGACAGUACAAGCCAAUCAGGAUUGUGAGAUUCGUAAUAGAGAACACAGUGGAGGAAAGGAUUCUGAAGCUUCAACAGAAGAAGGAACUUGUGUUUGAAGGGACCGUUGGUGGCUCUCAGGAGGCCAUAGGAAAGUUGACAGAGGAAGAUAUGAGAUUUCUGUUUACCCAUAACUAAAUCUAAUAGAAGAAACAAACGUUUUUGUAUGAUCAUAAGAUCUGGUACCAUCAACUCUUUUUCACCAUCUUAUAUCUAAGAGAUUUUAUGAUGACUCAUCUAUAAUGUGAUUAUUCC